AUGGCUGUUCGUAAAAAGAUAGGCGAUGAGUUCAGGAAGCUCAGGUCUCCCCCCGAUAACGCUCGGGAUGAGGGCGCUUCCUCCCAGCCCCUGGAUCUCGCAACAGGCACGAUAGGCGCGAUGGAUGUCGACGAACCGCAGGCGACCGGAACCUCUCAACCACACCAGCGGACUAACGACAUCGGCUCGCCUCAGGAUGAUCUGACUAAACACUCAGGUCGCGCAAUCGCAGAAGCCGGAGGAUAUCGAUCAUCGGAGCAGACCGUCGCGCGGCGAGCCAUUGAUGAGGCCAAGAAAGAGGUCGCCACCAUGCAAUCUGAUACACUGGUGGAACGAGGCGCGGCGGCAGUCGACGAACGGAAAGACCUGGCGCAAGGGCUGGCCUCGUCACCAAAGCAAUGGGAAUCGUUGUUCAGGCGUCUUAAGCAGUUCACAGAGCUUGUCGACAGAUUGCCGAGGUGA